UCUUGUUUAAAGUUAUGGAAACAUUUGCUGUUUAAUAAGCAUCCAGUAGUUUCUACUUUUAUACAAGCAAAUCGUGGAAAUAACUUUAGCAGCGAUAAUCAGAUUUCAUCAUUUGAUCUGUUAAAUAGUAUCGGCAAUAUAUUAGGAGUUAAGGAUUUCACGACUAUUAAUGAAAAUUCGUCUCUAUCCGAUCUUGGAUUAGAUUCAUUAAUGGGUGUUGAAAUUAGACUACUAAUAGAAAGAGAUUGUAAACUAUCGAUGUCUAUCGAUGAAGUUAGACAGCUUACGAUUGAUAAACUCAAAGAAAUCAGUUCGUCGAUGACAUCAAACGAUCACAGCGCAAAUAAUAUAGAAUCGAGAUUACAAACGAUAACUGCUAUGCAGUUUGACGGAUUUCCGAUCAAAGCGCCUUUACAAUACGAUACACUGAUUUCAUUAAAUACAGUUACAUCUAAAGUUAGGCCAAUGUAUAUGUUCCAUCCGAUAGAAGGAUCUGUCCAACGAUUUACAGAUAUCGCAAGUAAACUAGCUAUACCCGUUUACGGUAUUCAAUUAUCGCCUGAAGCACCCAUGGAUAAUACAGAAAUCUUAGCUAGAUUUUAUUUAGAUAAAAUCAGAGAGAAGCAAGAAAAAGGUCCUUAUCGUUUAUGUGGAUAUUCUUAUGGCUGUAUGAUCGCUUACGAGUUAGCGAUUCAGCUACAACGAGAAUCGAAUGACAAUGUAGAAGUGUUAUUUAUGAUUGAAGGAUCAUAUUGCUCUACGAGUGAUCGUUUGAAGAUUUAUAGAGAGCGAUAUCGAAAAGAGCUUACUGACGAUAACGUAUACUAUUCUGAAAUGCUAUUUUAUUUUAUUCAAGCUUACAUUUCUAAUAUCUAUCACGAUACUCUUGUCGAUGAAUUGAUUAGUUUAACGUCGCUUGAACAGAAAAUUAUUCAUAUUGCAUCGUUAAUUAUGAAGGAACAUCCUAAUAGUGAGCGAAAAUUUUUAACAUGGGUUACUAAUUCGUUUAUUAAUUUAAACAAAAUUGCCUAUGAUUAUGUACCAUCAUCAAAAUUUGACGGAGACAUAUAUAUGAUAACAGCAUCAGACAGGGAUGAAAUAGCAAUGGCUCUAGGCAAUGACUACGGACAGCAAGUUCAAUGCGAUGGAAAAGUAUAUAACAAGAUGAUAGAAAGUAAUCAUGUCUCUAUAUUGCACGACGAGAAUUCAGUUAAUAUUGCUAGUUAUAUAACUUCGAAACUUGGAUAA